AUGGAGUUAAGGGGAUUUGAGUCCUACCACAUUUGUGCUAGUCGUCUGUCCUCCCUAUACCCGUUGUCCAGGAGAAGGUCGCCUGCAGUUGCUAUAUCAGUCCCGACCUCCGCAAGCCACGCUGUCUUCGGCCAUUGCACGACCUUCCACGAUGCCGACGGUGACAUAAUGCAGCGCAUCGUGUCCAUCCCCCUGGCGAUCUGCGUCUUUCUCCUAUACAACAUUCUCUUGUUCCGAUGGCAACGAGGCCAUCCCGAGACCUUCCGAUGGGGAGAGAAAUCACCUUCCACCGAGUUAAACAGCAAUCCUGCUGUGAACCUUGAAAAACCGGACCUCCUCCAAGAUACACAGAAUGCUACCUUGGGGUUUGAGCGAGUCUUUGCCGUUGGGUUCGGUGACCGAACGGAUAAGCGUGAUGCUAUGGCAAUGGCUGCCUCCUUCGUGAGAAUGGAUCUGGAUUGGGCUGGAGAACGACUGGAUUCGACUCCGGGCAAACAUCGUGGGCGCCCUGAUAGGCGAGGAUCUUGGUUCGCUCACACGAAUGUGCUGCAGCAAAUUGUGGACCAGAAAGUUCACAGUGCAUUGAUCCUCGAAGACGAUGCGGACUGGGAUAUAACGCUCAAGGCCCAGUUGCUGGAAUUUGCCCGGGGCUCUCGCGCCAUCCAGUCGGCGAAACAAGCUCAACGUGGGCGGAACCUAAGGCCUGUGCUUUCGUCUCCCUACGGUGAUGACUGGGACAUGCUGUGGGUAGGACCCUGUGGCAUCACCGCGCGCGGUGAACAGCCCUUUUACGCCAUUCCGAAUGAUCCAACGGUGCCCCCUGUUUCUCGACGGACCGAGUAUGAGCAUCCAGCCUUUGCAGACGAAGAAGGGAUGGAGCAGACGCGCUUCUUCUUCGCCAGCACUGGCGGUGUCUGCACUACCGGAUACGCGGUGACGUACGAGGGGGCACGAAAAAUCUUGGCCCAGCUCUCCAUGAUGCCCUCGAAUCAACCUGUCGACGUAGCCUAUAGCGCUCUGUGCGGUAGCUCAAAUGAUUAUUUCCGCUGUGUAGCUUCAUACCCACCGCUCAUCGGCAUCUGGCUGCAGAAGGGAUCCAGCGACCUCAAUUCCGAUAUUUCUGACUCGGGUUCGCCCCCGCAUGAGGCGUAUUCCAGCGGGAUUGUUUACAGCACCAGGGUUAAUGCGCAACGCCUCGCAGCAGGAAAACAGACUUGCUUGGCACAGUGGGAGGAUGCGAAGCCCUCAGAGAUCGACUCAGCCACCUUUACCUCGCCCCGGGGACAUCUAGUUCAAAUGGAGCGGCCCGAGACAAAGAUCAAGCCGUCGCACUCUAUUGCUUCCAACUCUGCAGAUGCUCGCUAG